UCUUAUGUGUUUGUAUUUGUGGUUUCCUAGGCUGGUAGUGAAGGUGAGCUUUACACACAGGUCGAGAGUUUGGCCUCCUCUGGCAGUGCCAGUACUCUUGCAUCAUCAGUCAUAGAGGUUGGUUCAGGCCAGGAUAAAUUGGUUCUUGGUCAGGAUGAAGAUGAGGAGAUGUCACCACUCCCUACACCUCCAACGCUUUCCAUCACAGAAGAAAUCAUGCAGUUCAUCAAUGAGAGCCGUGCACGAGAGGGCAUGCCAGAGCUGUCUUCUAAUGUGAGUGAGCCCAGUUCAGAGCCCAUGGAGACCCACUGCACUGAGCCACAGGACUUAAAGGAAUAUCAGAAAACACAUGUGGUAAAAGAGGAAGAUCAGCUGGAUAUUGUUUCCAAUAGCCCACAGGAUAAGCAACCACUACUAGAUAUUAAUAUAAACAAAGAGGAUGAUGCUGAUAAUUUUCCACAUGAAAAUUUAACAUCUGACUCACCAUCUACAAAAGAUUCUGGGGAAGAUAUUUCAUCAUUAUCAUUAUCUCACUUGCCCAAACAUAACUAUGAGAAUGGGAAUGAAUCGCUGGAAUCAGAUGUAGUCGUGGCAGGACUCAUGCCUGAACAAUUCAUGGAGCAGGAAAAUGAUGACACCGCUGCCAAAGAGAAAAUAUCUGCCCUAACAAAUAAAAUGGAGGAAAUUGUCAAUGGAACCCCAGCUGAACUGUGUGAUAACUCCUCUUCUGUACACAAACCUGCUCAUGAACCUCUGAUGCCUACAGGUGAAGUUGAACAAACGUUGACUAAAAGUCACAGGCAGAUCAUUGAAAAAAUUCGCAGCUACUAUGAGGCAGCAGAGGCAGUGGCUGAAGAUGGACAAGUUUCACGCAGGAAUAGCUUCUCUAACAUCCCUUCUGGCCUUGUAAAAGACUCUGUGUCACGCUUUAAUUUCUUUGUCCACCAAAUCAGCGUAUGCGAUUCUGAGAGUGGGCGUUCAGAUUCCAAUGAGCAUGAAAUCACGUCCACAUCACCUACUGCACCUGACCAAAAUGCAAAGACUUUCAGUCAGCCGGACUACACAGGUGUUGAUGCUGCUGUUGCACAUAACAGCCAAGAUCAACGUAAGACUGAGUCAAAAUCAGAUGAUGAGCAGAUUUGUGAUUUUAAACCCUGUAUGGAGCUCUGGAAAGAGAAGGAGAGGAAAGCUUCAGGUCUUCAAGAAAGACCAAAUGUGUUUGCCUGUAAGGAGGGUAGAUUUGCAGAGGACAAAGAAGUAUGUGCAAAAGAUCCAUUUCCUGCAACUGACAGGAUGACUCCUGUGCUCAGUGAACAGCUUGCACUGGAACAGGACCAAAAUGAAAGCAUAAAGGAUAAAAGCCCUGAACAAACAGAAAAACCUAUCAAAGAAGUUCAGCCCACUGCUGUGCCAAGAGACAGGACUUACCCUAAUGGCAGUUUGGAUGGUCUACCUAAUCAGAUUAAAGUUGGACGGUGGUCUCGCAAUGGUAAGGCGGUCACCUGCAGUAGGACCCUUUACGAAGGCAUUGCAGAUGUGUCAAGUCUAGGAUUCUUUGAAACCGCUCCAAUGGAUCAAUGUUUAGUAGAGAAUUCAGAAAAAAUUCUGAGUAAGGUACAGAUGCUAGCACAAAUGUAUAUGGCCAAGUCAAGUAGUAUGAAGGUACCAUUACAUCAGAAAAAAACCCGGUUUACAAAGGGACCAUGUAAAGCAAAUACCCUUCCAAAGUCUCAGAUACUGCUGCAUCAGGCAGAAGUGAAGACACAGAAUCAACUCUCAGAUGUUCACAUGGAGUCUGUUACUCACGCUGCACCUGAAUCAUUUGGGCAUGUGAUUGUGAAAGAGCAUUUCACUACUACCUGUCAUCAAGAAAAUUAUUGCGAUAUUAUUGGACAAAAGGAGCAAGUCACCAGACUUGGAGCUAGUGCAACAGAAAUCAUUUCAUCUGAAUCCUCCACAGUUUUAUCUGAUGUAUUGUCUGAAAUAAUGGAAGAACAAUUGGCCACAAAUUUGGGAACUCAGAGCUCCUUAGAGAGAAAUACUCAAGAAAUACUUUGCAAAGAAAACGAAGCUAUGUCACAUCUUCAGAGCUCAGGACCACAAGGCAACUUUCUUGAGCAGGAUGCCAACCACACUUUGUAUUCAAUUAGGGAGGACCAUUCAACAGUAGAUAAAAAUCUGACCUUUGAGAGAGAAGAUGAACAUCAAAGUCAGUUAUCGGUUGUGGACAAACCAGUGAUGGAUUGCCAUACUAACUCUAUAAAUGAAUCAGAAGUUGCAAGCCUCAAGGAAGAAGCCCAAGGUGUUGAAGAUAAGAAUAGUUUAAUUAAUAAGCCUUGUGAAAGCUUACAGUCUACUGAGGAUACAGUUGGUGAUACCCAGUUGAGGGCAUCAGUAAAUUCCGGUUCCACUGAUGAUCUGGAUGGGAUCAUUUCUUGCACUGAGAACUCCAUUCCUAAUGUAGCUGUAUCCCCUGUUAAUAUUGAAGAUACAUCUCUUCCAGUAGAAUUGGCACUGUACUUGGAGAAUGGAGUCUCAGAAACAAUGUCCAACAAAAAUCCCCAAAUAUCACCAGAUGUGCUGAACUUUGAUGUAUCACAUCAGUUGUGUUCUUCAGAACUCCAGUAUCAAUGUUCACCUGAAACAAAUUGCACAAAUGUACCACCUUUGCUUGGUUCCAGGCAAAUGGUAAAUCCAGAGUCUUUGGAAGGCAAAGAGGUACUAAGCAAUGAUUUACUGGUGUCAAGCCAUCCCCUAACAUCGCCUUCCUGUAGACCUGUCAUAGAUAAUCUUCCAAAAUUCAACAGCCAAAGACCUGCCAAUCUGCCUAAUGCGUUGGGAAGAAGCUUUUCUCCCUGGAACACAUCAAACAUGACCUCCAAAAGACCAUCACAGACACGGCUCUGCUCCAAGGAAUAUGACCAAGACAUCUCAUCAUCAACUUCUUUGGUGUCUUCCAGUAAACCAUCUUUAUGUGAUAAUUCUUCAAACAUUCCCUCAAGUUUUUCUGACUCAAAGCCAUCAUCUGCCUUUAGCUUUAACCUUCAGCUGCACUCCCCCUCACCUAAUAUAAGCUGUUCAAACUCCUCUACAAAUUCUUCUGCCCUUGCCAAAUCACUUGCUGCUUCUUGUAUUAGUCAGACAAUUUCUCAAUGCAUGGCCAAAAAGAACACUCGCGCACAGGCUGCCUCUCCCCCUGCCAAUUCCAGUUCAUUGCAUGCAUCCACUCUAAGAUUAAGGUCUCCCUCCCCCAAACCUAUCAUCCUGAACUCAUAUGUACAGUCAGAUUCUAGUGGUUUACCUGCUAAGGUGACAGGAAGCCAAAGUCCAAAACGUCCUCCUUCCCUUUCCUGCUCGAAUAGUCCAGCAACAGUACAAUUCCCUCCUCCUUAUCACAGCCAACAUUUAGUAUCCCCUUCUUCCCCUGUACAUGUCCACUCAAUCCCCUCUGUUACUAAUACAAAAGCUGAUCAUCUUGAACAUUCUCCUCAUACUCCUCUGAAUAGCAAUAACAACAACAAUAACAGUCGUUGUAGUCAUGCCUGGACAAGUAGUCAUAAAAAGCCAUCAUCACAAAUGUACAGAGGUACUCAUUCUCAUGAUCCACAUCGAGGGACCUCCCACAACAGAAUUGCUCGACCAUUCCCAUCCUCUGAGCCUAACUCACGUGUUCAGUCUCCCUCACCCUCUCACUCACCAUCUCUAAUCACGCGUAUCUGUUCCCCACCAUUUGUCCAGAGUAGUGCUGGUCCAUUAAUAACCAAGCCUCCUAAUCCACGUACCCCCAGACAGGGUGGGGCCAGUCCUUUCACACCUUUGUCUUUAGAACUUUCUCAAACACCUUCAUCUUGCUUUUUGUCUCCAUGUACAAGUCCAAGGGUAACUUCCCCACCUCCUAUUGGCAUUCCUACAAAUAUAUGGUGCAUUGUGAGCCCACAGCCAAGGAAUCCACUAGUGACACCUUUCUCCCCAACAAGAGCAGAGGCAAGUUCUACUCCUAGAGACUCCAGAAUCACUUCACCAGUGUCGGGAUCAUCUCCAUGUUCACUAUUCUUGUCUCAGAACCAGGGAAGACCAAGAGGAAGCAGCUUGCCAUUUGAAAACCUAACAGGCAGCCCAUCAAGUCUAUUCAGAAAUGAGCAUAGGUCCUUUGCUGAAAAUGGACAAUGGGCAGUUGAUGUGGAGUCACACCCAACUAGUCCUCAAAUGCGCUCUUGUAAUGGUUCCCCUAUGUGUGUUAGUCCACGACCUCAGUCUCCUAUUAGGGGGACUGCUCGGAAGACCACUGAUGCUGGAAAGCACCUAACAAACUUUAACUGGCCAGAAGUACAUGAACUGCCAUCAGUUUAUAACACAGAGGACAGGUCUCAGUGUAACCUUUUACCCUCAUCAUCUUGUCCUGAAACUGGACAGGAGGACUCAGAACUGGGGAAGGCUACUUGCCGGAAUAGCCUUAUCUGUGCCUAUGUGGCUCAUGCCACCCCUGUACCUGAAAAGGACACUCAAAUUCAGCACUCAGAUGAUGGAAAACAAGUGGAUAAUGUGCCAAUAAAGGAGACUAAGACAACAUUAAAAACCAGUUAUGCCACAACUGUCAACCUACAGAUUGCCGGGAGUGGGAGAAUUGCAUCCUUUAGUAAUGCCCAGGUUAGCCUGACUCAAACUCUGGCACCAGUGAUAGAGAGCCAGGGCACGAGAAGGGUCAGUAUAAAUAGCUGUACACUCUCACUGCAGAACUGCAAAAGGCUCUAAGUGGAACUCAUCUGAGGCAUAUUAUAGUGCCUCCUGCUUUUUUUUUUACCAGGCACUUUACCAUGUGUAAAAGGAGGCGGACAGAUAUUUAUGUCCACUUUACUGAGAUGACAAAUUACGGGUGUCAAGAAAUUUCUUUUAAUUACUCAUUGCUAAUUCUUUAGCUGCAAAAGGUGCUUCACAUACAACUGAAGUUUGGAUUACUGCCCUACUAGAAUUUCUGAUUUGUUUUUUAAGCAGUGUUAUUUUAUUAUUUGCUACAAUUGUAAAAUAUUCUAAUUUCUAUGUAACUUAACCAAAGCCUCUGUGAUGAAAAGGUUUUUUUUUCCCUUUGGCUGAAAUAGGCAGUUCUCUUAUUUAUGAAGUAGUUUUUUUUUUUUUUUUUUUUUUAAACAGCACUUUUUCUCUUUUUCUGUAUUUUGCACAAUUUCUUAUGUGGUCCAAACAUAUCUAAAUGAUUGUGUUUUUUACAGAGUAGUAAGACAAGAAAUUUCUAUGUACAAAUAAGGGAAGGUAGAAGAAUGUUGCUGUUUUUUUAAGGUUAAUCAAACAUGCCACUGCUUUAAUCAAGAGAUAGAUUCCAUCAUUCCAAAUUCAUAGUGAGUCCACUUAUAGACCCAAUCCACUACAUCCUUUGAAAGCACCUUAGUAAUAUCUGUGGCAAUGGUAAGGUGGACUCUUAAUUCAUGCUUUCUAGAUUAUCUAGAUUUUUAGGUUUCAUAAAAUAUUUCCAGUCUGCUUCUGUACAUGAGAAACAAAAAGUGAAAAAUGUUAGUAAGAAUCAGAACAAAUAUUUUAUUUUAAAAAGUAUACCAUAAUACAGUCCAUCCUGCCUGUCCUUCCUGCAAUAGGAAUAAGCAAAUCAAUGUGCAGCAUUUUAUGACGUGUAGUUAUAACUAUAUAUAGUUUUAACUAUAUAUUGUAUAAUUCUAUACUAUACUAUGUAUUGUGAUAACUAUGUAUAGUUAUUAAAAGUAUGACUAUGUGAGUUUGCAGCAUUUCAUAAUGUAUAGUUAUUUCCAAUAUGACAAUUGUCAAACCAUUUGAAUACACCCUAUAAUAAUUUGUUCCCUUAUUAUAAAUAAAAAUCUGUGUAUGUUUUUUUCCUGA